AUGAAUCAUGUUCAGUCAUCACUCUCUUUACAGCAAAAUGCACCUCGAUUGCCUCGUUCAAACACAUUUCGUGGUUCUCGACUGAGAUUACCGCAAGCCAUUGUUUAUCGGGAUUCUGAAGGCAACAUUGUUGAUCCUCCGAGCAGUAUCAGUUCAGCUGUGUCUAUGACGAGAUCCUCUUAUUUCUCUGGGUCUGCAUUAGAUCCUGAUCUCUAUCAUACCAUUAUCCAUGGCCCACCAUGUAUUAGGGAUGAUAAAGCAGUUGAUCUAUCUUCUGCCUGUAACAUGUCGAUUGAGGAAACACCAACCAAUAUGAAUUAUGUCCCAUUAGAAUUUGAAAUUGUGUAUCAAGACGGAGGACAAUUAAGUGCCAAUUACAAUAUACAGAAUGUCCUUAGAAAUGACCAAAGUGUGUAUUGUUCUCAACCAUGUAGUGCAGUGAAUAUUCUUUUACGAUAUAGAGGAUGGAAAGAAAGUAAACAUCAACAUAAUAGACCUUGUUUUCUAUCUCACAUUAUCAUUCAAUCCCCUUUGCGAGAGUUUACUUCACCCCAUCAACAAGGCAUGGUGUUUGUCUCUCAUAAGCCAAUUGAUAUUGAAAUGACUCGCCCCUUUGACUUAUUUACACAAGACAACUUUACAAGAUAUACCCAAAAUAACGCACACUUAACCAGUGCUGAUCCAGUAGCUUGGUUUACUGCUUCUUCACAAAAUUUAUCUGUGAUAGACAUGAAAGAAAGAUCAGCUAAAUAUGUGCUUAUCAAACUAUUAGGAUCAGAUAAUCUAGAUCUGCAGUAUAUUGGCUUUGUUGGUUAUAUGGGCAGUCGCUGUUUUGCUCAUGCUCAACUUUUCUAA